AUGGAUUCAACCAUGAUGCGGAUCGUGCACCAAGCAAUGAACAAUGCGCAUGAGAAGAUGCAGAGCAAAGAAGGUGUUCUUCAGCGCUUGAAUGAGAUAUCCAGAUUCUAUGAGUUGGCUGUCAUGCAGCUGGAAGGGUGUUUGAAGUUUGUUCGGCAAGAGACCGACAGCUGCAUUCUUGAGAGCAGCCAUGAGCAGGUGCUGACAGACUUGACUGAGAUUCGAAACCGCCUUCAAGGGCGCCUCAAGGAGUCUGAGAUGGCAAUCAUGGCCAAGGAUAGAGAAUUGGCUUCGCUGCGUUCCAGCACAGCGAAUCUCAAGCUUGAAAGAAGAACGAAGAGUGAGCCUGUUGAAGAAUACAUUUUUAGCAAUAGGAUGGGUGGGGAUGAUGAGGAGGAUGAUGAUGAUGAUAGAGAUAAUGAACUUUUUUGUGAGUUGAAGAAUUCAGUGGAUCAGCAGGUUUUGAAUAUCAGACAGAAGCUUCAGCCUGAUUACAGGUUCAAAGAUAAGGAAGGAAAUUCAGAAGUCGUUGAAGGGAUCAACAACAAAAAGAUUGAGCAGAUGGGUUCAGACAUGGGGAUUUUGAAAGAAACUUUGGAUCUUGCUUUUGGGAAAAUGCAGAAUGCCAUUUUCAGGUCUGAGGUUGGGCCAAUUGAGCAGCAAUGGAGAUGGGAUGUUGAGAAAGACACAAUGUCUGCUUUGCUUCAAGGGUUCAUGAGUGAUUUCCAAGAAACUGUUGAAGCACGAGUGUGGAAGGAAGAGGAGCACGUUUGUCUUGGCUUGAAGGAGUACUGGUAUGAUUUGAUGGAUGAGGUUGUGAACUUGGGCCAUGAACUAGAUUCUUUCGUUGGUGAUAAUGAGGUGGUGCAAGUGAAGAGUACUGAUCCAUUGCAAACAAGCCUUGGAGGCAAAGUUUCAAACAGAACAAAUGAAAAGCAUUCACCAGAAGAUUUUAAUCAUGGAAAGCCUGAAUAUCAGCUGUCUUUAAAGGCUGAAGAGGUUAUGCAAGAAGUCCAUGAAGAGGAAAGGGGAGAGGAUGGAGGCCACUUUGUUUCCAAGAUGAUAAAGAAUCAUGAAUCCAUCAUCCGGAAGAAAAGUGCAGAGGUAGAAGAGCUGAAUUUGCUGAAGCGAGAAAUUCUUCGACAGAAAGGGAAUUUGUCUAGCAGGAGAGAAGAGAUUGGGAUGCAAGAAAACAGCUUGAAAAGAAGGGUCCAGGAAAUUAUUUUAAAACUAGACAAAUUAAGAGAUUGGGAUGUUAAGCUUAAUGAAACUUUUGGUAAUUAUGAGUGUAAUCAUGAGGAAGAAACUCUUUCAGAGGAGAGGUUCCUGAAAUCUGAUGCAAAUCAUAUUGACAAUUUGGAACUUGAUACUUUGGAAGAUGUAUGGAAGAAGAUGGAUAAAGUACCUUACGCAAUAAAUGAAGAGCUACAAAAUGAAGGCAGCAGGCUGAAACAAGACCAAGAAGAAGAAAAUUUGAAAUCUGUGAUAAUGGAAAGGACCUAUGUUACUCUUCUUGAAAGUUUAAUAAAAGAGAAUCGCAUUGAAUUACAUGAUUUUGAGUUAGAGAACCUGAUUUGGAAGGACAUAUGUAAUCUUCUCCUUACAGAAGUGGUCAAUCAAUGGAUGGAGAAUAUUAAAGGUAACAACAUUGAAUCUCGAACCAGAGAAGAGAUAUAUUGCACCGUCCUCCGUGAGGCAAUCAAGGAUUAUAGCUCAAAUGGUAACUUUGCAUUAGUAGAGUGUCAGGAUUUGAGGGUUGAAAAUAAUUCUUUGAACGACUCAGCAUUCUCAGACAAGUUCUGUUACUUGGAAGGAACAAUAAGAGAGGAUGUAUGCUGGACCCUUUUGCAUGAAAUGCUCAAGGAGUGGAAUGAAUGCAUAUACGGUAGUGAAACUGAGAGCCUUCUUAGAGAAGAGGUAGACUGGCUUAUUUGUAAUGAGACAAUCAAAGAGUUUGUAAAAACUGCCGGUGAUCCAUUGGCUCAAUAUCAAGAUAUUGUUACCAGGGAGUUUCUUCAGAUCACAGAAAGUUUUGUGAGGGAGGAUAUCUGUAUGGUUUUCAUCAGAGAAACGAUCAAGGAAUGGAAGAUGGAGAGUCUCAGUAAGGAAGAAAUUUUUCAAUUUGUCAUGGUUGAGGUAUUGAGAGAUGCAUUUGACCUGUUUAGCGAAGCUGAUUCUAGGACUCAUGACAAAUUCCCAAAAGGCAUGCUCUUUGCUAACAAGUUACAGAAUGAUAGACAGGUCGGUGCAGAGGAGAAUUUGAAUGAAAAGAUAGGUACGGAGGAAGAUCUGAUGUCAAGUGAAAGUUCUAAAGGGUUGUUAACUAAAUUCCACACUUUCAGUUCGGUGAGCAGCAAGCUAGCAAGUAAGGCUCUAGGAAGUGAGUUAGGAUCUAGUUUAGACAUCGUAGUUGGUGGUUUACAAAAGGUUUAUGAUCAAGUGAGUCCUGCAGUAGGUUCUGCACAUAGCAGUGAGCCGUCUUAUUGCCAACCAAAAACAAACAAAGAGGUUCAAUUGAACCCACCUGAUUCUGUGUUUACACCUGUCCUCAGAUUUCAAGAAGUGUUGGUGGACCAUGAGCACACAUCAAAAGAAAAGUUAGAAAUAAACUUCUUGAGAUUGGACAAGAUGAGGGAUGGUAUAAAUAUACUUGUUGAACAUGUUUCCACCUUGAGAAAAAAAGAAUCACUUUAUAGGAACGCUUUUACUAGGAGAUGUCAAGAUCUGUGGAAGGCUGAGACUGAGGUGGAUCUUCUGGGUGAUCAAGUGGAUGUUCUUGCAGGCCUUCUUGAGAAAAUUUACACCAUAUUGUGUCAUCAUUCGCUGGUUCUGCAGCAGUAUUUUGAGGUCUCGGACAUCUUACAGUUGAUCAAUAAAGAACUAACUGGAGCUGUCAAUACAUCUAAAAAUUGA